AUGGCCGUCGGUUGGCUCCGCAGGGCCUGCCUGCUGCUCACGGGCGCGGCAGUCGAGUUUGGAUGGGCGGCUGGAGAGACGGUCAUGAUUCCGCACCUCGUCGGAGGCCUGAACCUGUCGGCGACGAUUGCGGGGCUGGUCUAUGUUAUCAACCCGUGCAUCGGCCUCGUGGCGCAGCCAGCGGUCGGCCACGCCAGCGACCGCUGCACCUCUCGCUUCGGCCGGAGGCGGCCCUUCCUCCUCUUCCUCGGCCUGCUGGCCGUGGUCGGGCUGCAGGUGGUGGCGUGGUCGCAUGAGCUGGCUGGCCGCCUCGGCUGGGGCCGCCAGUCAGAGGUGGUGACAGUCUUCGCCGCCUUCACCGCCAUGGACUGUGCGCAUGACCUUCUCCUCGUUCCAGGCCGCGCCCUCGCCCACGACCUCCUCGGCGGCGGCGGCAGGACUGCGGAGAGCGUCGACGCAGACUUCACCGCCUUCCAGAUGGCGGGCCGCCUCUUGGCGCUGCUCGCCGGGAGUGCGCCGCUCGAGGCCCUCCUCUCGCCCCGCGGCGCCACUGCUCCCGCGGGGGCGAGCGCCGAGCCCGACGGCUCCUACCGCCACUUUGUCGCGCUGCUCAACCUGAGCACGCUCUUCCUCGCCAGCGCCGUCACCGCCGCCCUCGUCGCGGGCGCCGCCGACUCGCACGCGCCGACGGGAGAGCGCCACGCAGCGCCGCUGCUGCCCGCAGCCGCCUCCGAGGCCGCCUCCGCCCUCCCUCCCUCCGCCGUGGCGCCGGCGGCAGGCACGGAGGAGGAGGAGGCUGCCGGGACUGCAGCUCGCCGCCUCCCUCGGCACAGCCGCGCGCAGCUCGCCCUCCUGCUGGCGUGCCAGUUCCUCGGCUGGACUCUCAUCCAGUGCCAGGCCUUCUGGUGGACCGAGUGGGUCGGCGUGUCGACCCCGCUGCACGUGCCGCUGCUUCUGCCGGCUGGCGGGCUGCGACUCGCCUUCUGCAGCCUCGCUCUCCAGGCCCUCGUCGCGAUCUGCACCUCGCUCGCCCUCCCGCUGCUCGGCCGCCGCUUCGGCACCGCGACGGCGUGCAGGGGUGCGGGCAGCUGCGCGUGGCGAGCUGUGUGGGCUGCGGGCGAGCUCCUCCUCGUCGCGAGCUGCGUCGGCACGAGGGGCGCCCCCUCCCCCGGAGCGAGGCCUGGGCUCGUCUUCCUGCUCGCGGCGCUGUCGGGCCUCAGCCUCGCGCCGCACAGCGCCUCCAUCUUCUCGCUCUGUGAGGCGGUGAUCGGAAGCGCGAUCGCGUCGCACAAGGCCUCUGUCAUCGCCCUCGCCAACAACACGCUCCCCCUCGCCCAGCUGCUCACCGGCCUCUUCGCCGGCGCCUUUGUGCAGCGCUUCCUCCCGCACCGCCCCGGCGGGUCGAGCAGCAGAGGCGGAGGGGAAGAAGCUGUCGGCUCCCUCUUCCUCUACGGCGGCGCAGCGAUCGGGGGCAGCGAGGCCCUCCUCCUCCUCCUCCUCCGGCUGUACGGCGGCGGCUUUUGGCGCGGCGAGCAGCCUUCAGAGGUGGCCGGGCGCGAGCGAGGCGGCGGGGCCGGAAGCACGGCCAGAACGACAGAGAGUCCGGAUGCGCAACUUGAGUGA